UGAAAUCAGCUAUAUUUUAGUUUUUAUGUAUCUUGUUGAUGUGUGUUUAAGAGCAUAUAAUGAGAGUGUUGUCAUAAUUCCGCGCUCUCGCUAUACUUUUAUGCCGGGAAAUAUCCAGAAAAUUAGACUAUAACCUUUAAAAUUGUUUUGGUAAAUACGUAGCUAAUUGGCUCACUUCUGUUCCCUGCCCAGUCAAUGUGAUCUUUUGUGGGUAAUAUAACAUACAUUAAAUUAGACCAUGUGUCAGGUUGAUGAAGAAUACAACGGGCAUUUAGAGAAGAUAUCAUUGCCGACGCUUUCCAAGAAGUGUGUGAAAUGCAAAGAUGGAACUGCAGUACUCAUUAUCCGAGUCGGAGAUGCUUUUUGCAGGGAUUGCUUCAAGGAAUACUUUAUACACAAAUUUCGGGCGAUGCUGGGGAAGAACCGUGUUAUCUUUCCUGGUGAGAAGGUUCUCCUUGCUGUUUCUGGUGGACCUGCUUCAAGCUCCAUGUUAUCACAAGUGCAAGAGGGAUUGAGUCGAGAUGCACCCAAGAAGUUGCGAUUCGUACCUGGAAUAGUCUUUGUUGAUGAGGGUGGUGCCUGUGGACUCAGUGUUGAGGAGCGACAGAGAGCCAUAGCCCAGUUGGAGAGCAUUUUCCGAGAAAAAGGCUUCCCUUAUCAUGUAGUCCAUCUAGAACAGGUCUUCAGUCUGCCUGGCUCAGUGCUAGAGGCUGUAUCCUCUGCUCCAGAGCAACCAGGCUCCAGCUACAAAGCUGCAGUUGAUCAGUUUAUCCAGAACAGCCGAGGGGAGCACGGUCUGAUGGAGCCCUCAGUAGAGGAUGCCGAGUCUGGCUUUGCACAGCUGAGCACACAGGACCCCACUUAUCCCACUGAGCACAGACUAGCCCUGGAGAGACUCCUUGCUUCUGUCAGGACUCUGACAGCCAAAGAGGACUUGUUACAGACCCUCAGGCAGCACCUGAUACUGCACACAGCCCGUGUACACGGCUACACCAAAGUGAUGAUGGGAGAUAGCUGCUCUCGCCUGGCCGUCAAGCUGCUCAGCAGUAUCUCUCUGGGUCGAGGAGCAUCACUCGCCACUGACACGGGUUUUUCAGAUACUCGUUAUGGAGAUGUGGUCAUUGUGCGGCCCAUGAGGGACUACUCCUCCAAAGAGAUUGCCUUUUACAACAGGAUGUUUAAUGUGCCUUCUGUUUUCAUCCCGGGUCUAGACACUAAGACACCUGAAAAAGCUAGCAUCCAGCGUCUAACGGAGAGCUUUGUAACCAAACUACAGGCGGACUUCCCCUCUACUGUCAGCACUAUUUACAGGACGAGUGAGAAGCUUCACUCCGCCCGUACCCCUCAGAGUGCCAUCACUGACCUUACCUCUAAGUGCCUUCUGUGUAUGUGUGCCAUCGACACAAACACAGAGGAAGCUUCUGCCUUCAAUGCUAUCCUGGUGUCUGAACGUCUCUCUCAGUCAGGGCUCCGGGAGACAGCACCACACACCCAAGCCCAGGCUCUCCCGACAGAGUCCCCGGGCCAAUGCUGUUCAUCUGGGGGCCAGGGUCAGGGCUGUGGGAGUGGAGACUGCUGUUCAUCCGCCCAGUCAUCUGUAACUCCAGACUUGAAAGGUCUGUUGUGCUACAGCUGUAGACUGACGAUUAAGGACAUGACAGCGGUGGAGACUUUACCCCAGUACAUCAUGACUGAGGCAGAGAAGCGACAGAGGAGGUUACGUAUGAAAAUGGAGAUCAGCGAGUUUCUAUUAGAUGAUGAGGAAAGUGGAGAGUAGUUGUCCAGUAACAACUAACAGCUCAACCAAACAUUGGACUGCAGCAGAUUUAUUUAUUUGUGUGAUUUUUUUUUUUUUUUAAAUACUGGUCACUACCCCUUUGGGACAGCU